ACAAGGUGAGUCGCAAAGUUGGUAACAUAAAUCACAGCUCCGUCGAAACAAUUGACCGUGUUCUACCUCCCCAGAUGGGCGUACACCACAUCCCAACAUGUCGAUCGAAUACUCGCCGCUUGACUUUAUCAUAAAGAAUCAGCAGAUCUUCUGGCGAGAGAACCGCAAGUCGUUCCUCAGAAAGAUUGCAUUCAUUGCUCUGGCAUUGCAGCUACUUUUCGUAUCGAACUUUUCGUACCUGUACGGUUCCUUAUGGGGAUCGAACAACCGCGCCCACGCUCUCAAAGUCUUGUCAGUCGACCUUGACGGCGGCGUCAUCAGCCAGUCUGUGAAGGAAGCAUACGACCACUUACGAGGCCCAGGAUUUCCGUCCUUGCUCGAGCCAGCCGAAGGGAUUGUGCAAUCUGUGAGUGAGGCCGCAGAGGCCGUCAGAGAUGGCACAUACUGGGCUGCUUUCGUUGUUCACGCGAACGCGUCCGCACGACUUGACCAAGCUCUGAAGGGAGGCGCAGCUGCAAAGGCUUAUCAGGCUUCAGAGGCAACAACGUAUAUCUGGAAUGAGGUCCGCUAUCCGCCGUUUUCAGACGAGAUGUUCGAAUCCAAUUUUCAAUUGCUUGCGCAGACAGCGCGGCAGACCUAUUUCCGAAACCAUGGUCAGACAGCCCUCCGACAACUCGAUGCCACGGACGAAGCCGCUGUCCAAGUCCUGUUGAACCCUAUCGGCGCCACUGGCAGAAAUAUCAUGCCGACCGACAAUCCCACACGUCUGCUGUACAACACGGCCUCGACGGUGAUGCCAAUACUUCAAGAGUUCUUCUUUCUUCUCAUCCUGAACGGGCUUUCGGACGAAAUGCAGAUCAACAGCAAGGUGCCCAUUCGGAUAACUAGCCUUUUCCGGGUGGCCUUCGCAGUCACUUACACCUUCAUCUCCUCAUUAGGCAUGAUGGGCUAUAUCUGGGCAUUCCGAGAGUCCUGGUCAGUCGAUGCUCGACAAUUCGUCUUGUCCUGGAUGGUCCUCUGGUUUCUUCACCAGAUCCAUUUCCUUGUCAUCGACACUGUCUCAGCUUUCUUGCCUAUCCCGGCCCUACCUUUCUUCCUGCUUACCUGGAUAAUUCUCAAUCUCACCAGCACCGUCAGCCCUUUAGAGUUGAAUCCGGUGUUCUAUCGCUGGGGUUAUGCCUUGCCUGCAAACGAGGCAUACACUGCCUUAACCGACAUCUGGUCGAAUGGAGCAGUGCCGGCACUGUACCGUGCGUUGCCAAUAAUGGGCGCAUGGUGGCUCGUCGGCAUGGGCAUGGCUGUGUAUGCUCACAUACAUCGGUGUCAGAAGGCUAGUCGCCCUAGAUUGGGCCCCAAAUCCAUUCGCAGCUCGAGCACGUCGGAAACAUACGCAUCCCUCUCAAUGUAUAGCUCUGGUCGUUGAAAGGACUCCUAAGCACUGUCUCCCGAUUUUGUCAUGGUACGCGGUUCGCAUGAUGAAAUGGAGCGAUGUAUGUUCCAGACAUUCUGACGAUGGUGGG